GAUCGACGAUCGUUUAGCCGAGGCUUGUACAACCGGUGGCCUUUGAGAAGAUGGGAGACCCGUGACCACGUUAUCUGUCACCGUCGGCGUCACACCGAGCGUCGCGCUUCUCACCGUGCUUGUGGGAAGCAAUUUGUAUGGGGCAAUUCUUCGUACAACGAGUAGGUACGUAAAUGUCCACAUGAUAAGCCCCAUUUAUCACUGCCAAGUGCCGUUCGAAACUGGAAAAAAGAUGAAACGAUAAAACAUCACUUGUAGAAGCAGCUGACGAGUGUAAUUACUGUGCGAGGUACCCGUUCAGUUUGUUGCGGCGACUCGCAACGGUAGGAGAACACUUGAACGCUAGUAGACAGAAUUUAUUCGUAGGUGGUGUACUGUAGUGCCGAUUUUCCAUCAUGGGGGCCAUGUUUAGGAGCGAACAAAUGGACCUGGUCCAGCUGCUCAUCCAACCGGAAGCAGCGUAUUCUUCGUUGGCGGAGCUUGGCGAGCUAGGAGUAGCUCAGUUUCGCGAUCUCAACGCGGACGUGAACGUAUUCCAGCGGAAAUACACCAGCGAAAUUCGGCGUUGCGAGGAGAUGGAACGGAAGAUCGUCGUCGUUCGCAAAGAGCUCACCAAGGACGAAAUCCCCAUGCCGGAUCUGUCGGACAACAUUCCGAGAACUCCCAAUUCGCGAGAAAUAAUCGAUCUGGAAGCGGCCCUGGAAAAAACCGAAAACGAAAUAAUCGAGCUGUCCGAGAACAGUAACGCACUGCUGCAAAAUUUCAUGGAACUCACCGAGCUGAGAAGCGUUCUGGAGAACACCCAAGGUUUCUUCACCGAUAAAUCGGCAGCCCAAAACCUGGAAGGCACCGGGGGAGAUCCGUACAACGAAAAUAAACCGCUAGGGUUCGUAGCCGGGGUGAUCCCACGUGAGCGAAUAAUCGGCUUCGAACGAAUGUUGUGGCGAGUAUCACGUGGUAACGUCUUCCUACGUCAGGCCCCAAUUGAUAAGCCGCUGACGGAUCCACGCUCGGGUGACAAGGUGUACAAAAUCGUUUUCGUCGCUUUCUUUCAAGGAGAACAGCUUAAAAGUCGUGUCAAGAAAGUUUGCAGUGGCUACCAUGCUUCACUUUACCCCUGUCCGAAUGAUUACUCCGAGCGUACGGAAAUGCUGCAAGGUGUACGCACCCGCAUCGAGGACCUAAACAUGGUCAUCAAUCAGACCAAGGAUCAGCGCCAGCGAGUGCUGCUGAGCGUCGCCAAGGAGGUUCCAAAGUGGGAAAUCAUCGCCAAAAAGAUCAAAGCCAUUUACCACACACUGAAUAUGUUCAACGUCGAUGUGUCCAAGAAGUGUCUCUUCGGUGAAGCCUGGGUUCCAACAAGCGACCUGCAGGAGGUGAAGAAUGCUUUGAUCAAGGGUUCGUCGGCUGUGGGCAGCUCGGUGCCGUCUUUUUUGAAUGUUAUUUCCGCAACGGAAGCUCCACCAACGUUCAAUCGUACCAAUAAGUUCACGCAAGGAUUUCAGAACUUGAUCGAGUCCUACGGAAUCGCUUCGUAUCGCGAGUGCAACCCUGGUCUGUACACUAUCAUCACGUUCCCGUUUUUGUUCGCCAUAAUGUUUGGUGAUUUGGGUCACGGUAUUAUUCUGUUUUUGCUCGGCCUUUGGAUGGUUCUGUAUGAGACCAGCCUCGCUAAGAAUAAGGACGAAAUCUGGCAACUAUUCUUCGGUGGUCGCUAUAUCAUUCUGCUGAUGGGUUGUUUCUCCAUGUACACUGGUUUCGUUUAUAACGAUAUAUUCUCCAAAACAAUGAACAUUUUUGGAUCAUCCUGGACAAUUCCAUACAACACAUCAACCAUCAUGACGAACAAGGAGUUACAACUGAAUCCAGGAGAAAUGUAUUCAGAAACUAUCUACUGGUAUGGAUUGGAUCCAGCGUGGAUGCUAGCGUCAAACAAAAUCAUAUUUCUCAACUCGUUCAAGAUGAAACUGUCGAUCAUUUUCGGUGUUGUCCACAUGAUUUUCGGUGUUUGCAUGAGCGUAGUUAACCACGUGCAUUUCCGCAGACCAAUUAAUAUCUUGCUGGAGUUCUUGCCGCAGAUGCUUUUCCUCAUUCUGCUCUUCCUGUACAUGUGCUUCAUGAUGUUCUUCAAAUGGGUUCAGUAUACUGCAGUUACCGAUGAAGAUCCACUGAAGCCAGGUUGUGCUCCCUCGGUGCUGAUUAUGUUUAUCAACAUGAUGCUCUUCAAGGAACAGCUACCAUUAGACGGUUGCAAGGAAUUUAUGUUCGAAGGUCAAAAAACCAUUCAAACCAUUUUCAUCUUCAUUUCGCUGCUGUGUAUUCCUUGGCUUUUGUUGGCUAAACCGUUCUACAUUAUGGCCACUAGAAAAAAGCAUGCCCACGGGAACCACGUGGCUUCCUCCGGCCACGGAGGCCACGAUGAUGAACCGAUGAGUGAAAUCUUCAUCCAUCAGGCUAUUCACACCAUAGAGUAUAUUCUUAGCACCAUUUCACACACUGCGUCCUACCUGCGUCUGUGGGCUCUGUCGCUGGCUCAUGCCCAGCUUUCGGAAGUGUUGUACACGAUGGUGUUCCAAAUUGGACUCAAAUCGGAUAAUUACGUCGGAGCCAUCAUGAUUUGGGUGGUGUUCUGGCCGUGGGCCGUGCUUACUAUUGGUAUCCUCGUUGGAAUGGAAGGUCUGUCCGCCUUCCUGCACACGUUACGUCUUCAUUGGGUGGAGUUCAUGUCCAAGUUCUACGAAGGCCUGGGUUAUCCAUUCCAACCAUUUUCCUUUAAAGCAAUAUUGGAAGCAGAAGCAGAAGAAAAGUAGUGUUCUAUUCUUACUCUAAAUAAAUGAGAAUUCUGUAAAACACAAUAAUAAAUGCAUAGUAAUGAUUAGCAAAAUUAA